CACCACUCAUUCCUAUGAACCAAAGCAAGCAUCCAAAUCCACUCUCAUCUCACCCUUUCCUUUCUCUUAUUCCUUCCCUUUAACAAAAACAAAAUUAUGCAAAUAUCAAAAUGCUUAAUUCUUCUUUCACAUUCCUUUCAUUCUUUCUUCAUCACCACCACCUACUUACACUACUCUUUCAAAUUCCUCUUCAUUCUCAUGGCUAAGAAUCUUCCUAAAUAAUCACACUCCAAAACACACACAUACACUUCUUAAUUUCUUUCCCUUUUGUUCAUUAAGAAAUGAAUUUGAAUCACUCUUCUUGUUUCUCUUUAACCAAACACACAACAAAAACAACAACUUCCUCUCUUUUCCUUAGAAAUCAUUCACAAAUCUUUCUCUCCAAAAACACUUCACCUUUAUUUCUUAGAGAUUCUCUCCAUGUCAACCCUUUUCCUCUUUCACAAAACACAACAACAAAAAAGUCUUCCUUUGGAAUUCUAAGUUUAAGAAACUUGAAACUCACACACCCUUUUGCAACCUUAUCAUCUUAUGCAGAAGGAGAAGAAGAGAAUCAUCAACAACAUUCAACAACAACAACAACAAAGAAUGGAGAAAACAACAAUGAGUUAUCAGGAAUGGCAAAAGCCUUUAAUAUAUCAUCAAGAACAGCAUCAGCUAUAACAAUAUGCAUAGCAAUGGCUGCACUUAUUUUCCCUUUGUUUAUGACAUCUUUAGGACAAGGUUUGGCUUUGAAGACAAAAGUGUUGUCCUAUGCAACCCUUUUGUUUGGAUUCUACAUGGCUUGGAACAUUGGUGCUAAUGAUGUUGCUAAUGCAAUGGGGACAUCAGUUGGGUCAGGUGCCUUGACACUUAGGCAAGCUGUGUUGACAGCUGCUGUGUUGGAGUUUUCAGGAGCAUUGUUGAUGGGAACUCAUGUGACUAGUACAAUGCAGAAGGGGAUUCUUGUUGCUAAUGUUUUUCAAGGGAAGGAUACUUUGCUUUUUGCAGGGUUGCUUUCUUCACUUGCUGCUGCUGGUACUUGGUUACAGUUUGCAUCAUAUUAUGGUUGGCCAGUAUCUACUACACAUUGUAUAGUUGGAGCAAUGGUGGGGUUUGGCCUAGUUUAUGGAGGUGCUGGAGCUGUUUUCUGGGGUUCACUAGCAAGAGUUAUUUCUUCAUGGAUUUUCUCGCCACUAUUAGGAGCAGCAGUCUCCUUUCUUGUCUACAAAUGCAUCCGAAGGUUUGUAUACAGUGCAAGUAAUCCAGGACAAGCAGCAGCUGCAGCAGCACCAAUAGCUGUAUUUCUCGGUACAACCGGAAUUUCAUUUUCCGCCUUCCCUCUCAGCAAGAGCUUUCCUAUAGCUCUAAGCCAGGCUUUAGCCUGCGGAACAGUCGGUGCUUUCUUAGUUGACAGAACUAUCAGAAAACAGCUUGGACAUCUUCUAAUCAAGUCAAAUACUCCACAACCCGAGCCAAAAGACGAUUCCGUCCACCAAAACAUAGGCUUCCUCUCUGAUAUAGCAGGUCCAAAGGGUACUCAACUUGAAAUAGUUUACGGAGUUUUCGGUUACAUGCAGGUUUUAUCAGCAUGUUUCAUGUCAUUCGCUCACGGAGGAAACGAUGUCUCCAAUGCAAUAGGUCCAUUGGCCGGUGCACUAGCUAUUUUACAAGGCGCUGCAAAAGGAGCUGACAUAGUUAUUCCGAUCGAUGUUCUUGCGUGGGGUGGAUUUGGAAUUGUUGCAGGACUAAUGAUGUGGGGUUAUAGAGUUAUAGCUACAAUUGGAAAGAAAAUAACAGAACUUACACCGACGAGAGGAUUUGCAGCCGAGUUCGCUGCUGCUUCUGUUGUUCUGUUUGCUUCGAAGCUUGGACUACCGAUAUCAGCAACACAUACACUAGUAGGUGCUGUGAUGGGAGUUGGAUUUGCAAGGGGACUUAACAGUGUUAGAUCAGAAACUGUGAAGGAGAUUGUGGCUUCAUGGGCUGUUACUAUUCCGGUUGGCGCCACCUUAUCGGUGAUUUACACUUGGAUUUUGACUAAGCUUUUGUCUUAUAUUUUAUGAGUGUGUUCAUUUUAUGAUAUAAAGAAUAUGUUAUGUAUGUGGUUACUUAAUUCAAUUCAGUAGCACCAUCUUUGACAUUAUUGGCUUUUUUGUGGUAAAAGUUUGGAGAAGAGGAUUAGUAAGGGAUGAAAUUUUUAAUGUUUGGUUUCUAUGUCAAGACUUUGAUUGCAAAUGAAUGUGAAUAAUUUGCAGACAUUGUUAUAAAUUGUUAAUAAUAUGCUGAGGAUGCAGAUGGAA